AUGGCAAAAAUUCAUUUAACAUUCAAAGGUUUAACAUCUGGUUUUUUGUCUUAUAUAGCUCUACUCCUUCUGUUGGGAGUGUUGCUCGGGGCAUGGGUGCUGUAUGGGGUGCUGAGACUUAUUAUGUCACGUGUGAGGAGAUCAGCCAAGCUGCGGUAUGGAGAUAAGGAGUUAGCAAUACAACAGCGGUUACGUGCUCUUGAUACGUUUAGAGGGAUGGCUAUAGUUUUCAUGAUAUUUGUGAACGACGGAGCCGGUGGCUACUGGUGGCUGGAACAUGCGACGUGGAACGGACUGGCCGCAGGGGAUCUGGUGUUCCCUGCCUUCCUAUGGAUCAUGGGGGUCUGCAUACCACUAGCUGUAAAGAGCGCUUUUGCUAAGGGCGUGCCGAGAUGGAAAAUUGUGUUACAUAUUAUCAGGCGGUCCUGCAUGAUGUUUUUGCUGGGAAUAUCCCUGAAUACGAUCUACGGCUCUAAUAUGCUGAACGAGCUGCGUAUAUUUGGCGUCCUGCAGAGACUGGCGGUGGCUUACCUCGUCGCGGCCGGCUUCUACGCGCUCACCGCUCCGAAGUACUAUACACCGCCAAGGGGAGCAUGCGGUCAGGCAUUGAAGGACGUACUCUCUUGUGUGUGGUGUUGGGUGCUAGCCGGCGUGCUAAUUGCGGCACAUAGCGCUAUCACCUUCAUCAUACACGACCCUGACUGUCCAGCUGGAUAUCUGGGUCCCGGUGGCAAGCACGAUGAGUGGACGGCACCGGAGUGCAGCGGGGGCGCGGCCGGAUACAUCGACCGCUUGUUGCUUGGAGACGCUCAUCUUUACCAGCACAGUGAUGCGAGACGCGUGUACGGUGGAACACCGGUUGAUCCUGAAGGACUGCUAGGCUGUCUGACAUCAGCGGUACAAGCACUAUUCGGGGUACAGGCCGGAGCAACAGUUCUGCUGCAACGAUCACAUAAAGCACGAGUGUCUCGAUGGCUGGCCUGGGCUUUAGUAUUUGCACUGGCAGGUGCUUUACUUGCCGGCUUUUCGAGAGAACAUGGCGUAUUGCCUAUCAAUAAGAACCUUUGGUCCACAUCUUUCGUUCUAGUAACAUCAGCAGUUUCCCUCGCAAUAUUAAGUAUCUGCUACACCUUUACUGAUGCUUGGCGUUUGUGGGAUGGAGGGCCUUUUAGGGCUCCAGGACUCAAUGCUAUUGCUUUGUACAUUGGUCACUCGAUAUGCGCACAUUUGUUCCCAUUCCAUUGGAAAAUUCCAUACAUGAGAACACAUGCAAUAAAGCUAGUUGAGGCUGUAUGGGGAACUGCUUUGUGGGUCAUUAUCGCUCAUAUAAUGGCAAAGAAAAAAGUAUUUAUCACGCUC